AUGUAAAGAAUUAAGCAACAAAAAAAUACAUAGUAAAGUAUUAGAUUUAUUGCUUAGAGAACUACUGAUUCAUAAGAGAAGACUAAGUGAUAUUUAGCAGAGACGGUGUUCUAUUCCAAAAUUGGACAAGACACUUGACAUUUAUAAACAAAAUAGAUAUAUCACUGCUAGGAAAUAGGAAAUAAAUAGGUGGGAGGGGAUAAUGAAAUAAAAUUAGAAAUUACUUAAGAAGAUAAAUAAUGUCGAAUCUUCAUUUCAAAAAUCUGUAAAUAAUAAAUAAAAUAUUCUUGUAUUCAAGAUAAUCAAUUCGUAGUGUCAGUUCUUGUAAUUCUAGAAAAUCAAUUGAAUUGAAAGAGAAUUUACAGAAGGAGAAUGCUAGGAUGCAUUUAAAACUGCAGAAAAUGUAAGUAUUGUGGGGGAUUCAUUUUUAGAACUUCAACUUUUGACAAGCCCAAAAAAUAAUAUCCAAAGAUUUCUAAAUCUAGUCAAAGAUUAGAUAAAGUGAAACAACCUAUUAGUUAAGAGAAAAGCUUUAAUGUUCAACCUAUAAUGAAUUAUAGGUAUCAAGGGAAGAUAUUUACGAAGCACAAAAGUUUUCAUUCUGGGGAUGAGAAAUAAUAGAUAAUAUCAAUAAUCUAAAAAUAUCAUCAAGUUUUGGAUUAAUUACUACCUAUUAUCAAAUCAAAUAAACUUAACAAAUGA